GAAAUAAAGUUUCUAUACUAUUAGUAAGGUUAAGAGGGAAUAAACUCAAGUAUAAAAAGGUAAACAUACUGAAGAGUCAUAGGUUAGAUCAUAGCAUGGAUAAUUCAGACUCUGGACUGAUGAUCCUAUGCAACGUCUGUGGCACUAUUACAAGAACAAAUUUAAACCCUAGAAUUAAUAGUGAUCGGGUUAUUGAUUUUGCAUUUCGCUGCGAAAAUUGCAACUCUUCAUUAGUUCAUAUAUUUGGAGAGACUGUACCAUUUGUUUUUCCGUUAAGCUUAUCAAAUUUAAGCGUCCAAAAUCUAGUUCUAACCAGAACUACUCAGGACAGAGGAAACUUGUCAUCAGAGUUACCAGAGGGGUGUCAAGACUUCACCACAGACGAAAUUUUACAUGUUUUGAACACUUUUAAGUAUGGGCUCCCACCGGAGGAAGUUCAAUAUAUCCUUUCCAAUUCUGUCAAGAACACUAAUAAUGAUAGUGUAGAUCCUGGCUGCCCUAUAGAGGGCAUGCAUAGUAAUUCUAAUAUAGAAAACAUCACCACUGCUGUAGUAGAAGGACUUGAAAACCCCUCUUCCCGAAUAAGUUAUAAUAAUUAUGGUGGGAAUGCAGCCAAUAGUCACAGAUCGUAUGAGAAUGUAACAGCGGCAACUCUACCCUGUCCUAUUUGUUUUGAGGAUAUCAUAGGAUCUUCGGUGUGUAUUGUAAAGCUCUUCUGUAGUCAUUAUUAUCAUCAAGCUUGUCUAAGGGAGUGGUUGAUGGUACAAAAGUACACCUGCCCCAUCUGUAGGAAACCCCUUAUUAUGGAAUGACCGAUUUAAUACUACUAUAAUCUUUGCUAUUAUUCUUUCAUAUCAAUUAUACGUUAAAUUAAAAUUGGCCUAGGCGUACUAGCAUUUGCUAUAUAUUAUAAUAAUAUAAAGUUAUCCAUGAAAAAUUGCGCAUCUUUUUUUAAUGUGAAGACGCUUUAUGUGUUCAAAAUAUUAGGGGGGGGGAACCUGUGAUUAUGCUUAAAAUUAUUUGUCUUUAUUGAAAACUCAUCUUCCAGAUAUUGUCUUGGGGCAAUUAAUACAUUAAUACCUGCAUCAUUAUGCUUUUUGUGCUUUAUCUUUUAACAAACAAAAA